AUGGUUUUCGCUGCCAUAGAAAAAUGGUCGCAGAAAGAUAAUAGCAGCAACAGACCAUCAGCUAAGGAAACCCUAAUGGAGAAAACCCUCUCCCAAAGGAAGAAAAGGAAGAUAAAGAAGAGGGGAACGAAGAGUGCUAUCCAACAGCAGAGCAACAAGUUGCAACAACGACAACCACCCCUCCUCGAUGGCAGAAAGUUUCCACCACUCGGUCCUAAACGUGGACCGAAAAAGAGUGAUUCCAACACAAUUGAAAGUUGGGUGAAAGUGGUGGGAAGAAAACAAAAGAGAAGGGAAAAUAAAGAGGAGAAAAAGAGGAAGAUCAAAGAAGCUCAGUCGAAACCUGCGGGCGAUAAUAAGCAAGGAAAGAAUGGCAAACCGAAACCAAAGCGCAAAGUACCUAGAACAGCGGCGGUUACAGCGCCGAAAGACGCGUACAAGGAGCUGCUUAAAAAGGUGUAG